AAGGUGAGCAGAAAGAGAAAAAAAUACAUGCAAUUAUUCGUCACGUCAACGUUAUUAAUAUGGAGGAUUUGAACUGUCCCAGACUAGAUCAAUUGUGUGAUGAAGACAACUUACCUUGCUGUAUUUUUCAUAUGGACGUGAAACCCAAACAGUGUACAUUUUAUAAAGAGUGAGUUUUUAAAAAUAUUUUUUUUUUUUAGAUUAAUAUGCUCAUAAUUUUUUUUGAUUUUUGAAGGGAAGAUAAUGAUUGUGACGAUGAUGGUGAAUCUACAGAGGUACUAGCUAGGCUCUUUUACAUAAAUUACACUCCUUACACUCUGAAAAAGCCUUUUCUUCAUCUUCCGUUUGGGUUUCAUCUUUUUUCUAUCAACAGUGUAACAAGGAUGGUCUUGCGGUAA